AUGAUCGCUCGCAACGCAAGACCGAAGCUUUCACUGUGCACCUCCGCUGCGCAAAAUACUUCUCGUCAGCCUCUGUCCCUCAAGUCUCCCAGCGCCAUACCGCGCACUCCGAUUUCCCCUGCGAGCCCGAGUGCAAAGCGGUUCUCGUCUUUCCAAGUACCAAGCUACGCCUACAACAACUCGUGCUCGUCCAAGAGUAUCCUCAAGAAACAUUCGGGCGCCUCGAAUCACGCAGAAAAGCGGAUUCAGUUCAAGGGCACUCCCACUGUCCACUGUGUCACGCCCAUCGAGAAUACCGAGGAAUACUAUGGCACUUACACCAAGUUGUCGCGCGAGGAGCGACGUUGGACGGUUCGUGAAUGA